ACUGGUGCCCCUGGAAAGAUGGCGGCGGCCACAGUUGGGCCCGGCUCCGUAAGCGCGGAUUUCUCCGAUCUGCGCGGCAUUAAGAAACAGCUGCUGGACGUGGCAGAACGAAGUCGAGAGCGCGGUUUGCAGCAUAGUGGAAAGUGGGCAUCAGAGCUGGCUUUUGCCUUGGACCCACUGCCACUGAAUGAAUUGCCCCCUCCUCCUGUGCUCACAGAGGAAGAUGCUCGUGAUUUGGAUGCUUAUACACUUGCUAAGUCUUACUUUGAUUUGAAAGAAUAUGACAGGGCUGCCUACUUUCUACGAGGCUGCAAGAGUCAGAAGGCCUAUUUCCUGUAUAUGUAUUCCAGAUACUUGUCAGGUGAAAAAAAGAAGGAUGAUGAAACGGUGGAUAGUCUAGGUCCGUUAGAGAAGGGACAGGUAAAGAAUGAAAUUCUAAGAGAGUUACGGGUAGAGCUUAGCAAGAAACACAAAGCACGAGAGUUGGAUGGAUUUGGCCUUUAUCUGUAUGGAGUGGUGCUGCGAAAGCUGGAUCUAGUGAAAGAAGCCACUGAUGUGUUUGUUGAAGCUACCCAUGUUUUGCCGUUGCACUGGGGAGCCUGGCUGGAGCUUUGUAACUUGAUCACAGACAAAGAGAUGCUGAAGUUCCUGUCCUUGCCAGAUACCUGGAUGAAGGAGUUCUUCCUGGCACACAUUUAUACUGAGCUUCAGUUGAUAGAAGAGGCUUUGCAGAAGUACCAGAGUCUCAUCGAUGCAGGCUUUUCUAAGAGCACCUACAUUAUCUCCCAGAUUGCAGUGGCCUAUCACAAUAUCCGAGAUAUUGAUAAAGCUCUGUCCAUCUUCAAUGAACUAAGAAAGCAAGAUCCUUACAGGAUAGAAAACAUGGACACCUUCUCUAAUCUACUUUAUGUCAGGAGUAUGAAGCCUGAACUGAGCUAUUUGGCUCACAACUUGUGUGAGAUUGACAAGUACCGUGUUGAGACCUGCUGUGUGAUUGGCAACUACUAUAGUUUGCGCUCCCAGCAUGAGAAAGCAGCCCUCUACUUCCAGAGAGCAUUGAAACUGAAUCCUCGGUAUCUUGGAGCAUGGACUCUCAUGGGGCAUGAAUACAUGGAAAUGAAGAACACAUCAGCAGCUAUUCAGGCAUACAGACACGCCAUAGAGGUAAACAAAAGAGACUACAGAGCAUGGUAUGGUCUGGGGCAAACAUAUGAGAUCCUCAAGAUGCCAUUUUACUGCCUCUAUUACUAUCGACGAGCUCAUCAACUCAGGCCAAAUGAUUCUCGUAUGCUGGUUGCUCUUGGAGAAUGUUAUGAGAAAUUAAAUCAGCUGGUAGAAGCUAAAAAGUGUUAUUGGAGAGCAUAUGCUGUGGGAGACGUUGAGAAAAUGGCGUUGGUGAAACUAGCAAAGCUGCAUGAACAGAUGAGUGAAUCAGAACAAGCUGCUCAGUGCUAUAUCAAAUACAUCCAAGACAUCUAUUCUUGUGGGGAGAUAGUGGAGCACCUAGAAGUGAGCACUGCCUUCCGCUAUCUGGCACAAUACUACUUCAAGUGCAAAUUGUGGGACGAAGCUUCAGCCUGUGCCCAGAAAUGCUGUGCAUUCAAUGAUACAAGAGAAGAAGGGAAGGCUCUCUUGCGGCAAAUCUUACAGCUACGCAACCAAGGGGAAACGUCAUCCACAGAGAUUGCCACGCCCUUUUUCCUCCCUUCUUCGCUGUCUGCUAACAAUACUCCAACACGCCAUGUGUCUCCAUUAAACUUGUCUAACAUUACACCAUAAAUGGUG